CUCCCUCUACUCUCCCCGCCGCCGCCCCCAGGGAGGGCGCAGAGCCCGGCCGGGAGGGAGCUGGUGCCGCCGAGAGGAAGGCAAAGUUGUGAGCGGAUGCUGCCGGCGCGAGACCCGAGCAGCGGAGAGUCGGAUCCGCCCCCGCCGGAGGAGGCUCGGCGCCUGGGGACACUGGCACGCUAACGGCUGGGGCAGAGGAGCAUGUGGGAGAAAAGACCUCCGGGGGUUGCAGCUCAGCUCCGUUCCAUCUGACAACCAUGCAUGAGUGUCUCCUGUAUGCCUGGGCCAGUGCUAAAGGAUAAUGAGGUUCCAAACUCCCCAUCCUCCAUGAAGAGAUGAUCAGCACUGAACAAAUCAUUUCAAGGAGGAGAGGGUGUCCCCCACCUGAAGACAACCAGCCAGGUCCUGAGUGAUGUCCCCAAGCUGAGUGCCCACAGCCCCACCCUUCCCCAUGGAGAAAGGACUCGCUUUGCCCCAGGAGUGCCGGGACUUUCUGCACAGCCUGAGGAUGAGGAGCAAAUAUGCCCUUUUCCUGGCUUUUGUGGUGGUGGUUUUUGUCUUCAUUGAAAAGGAAAAUAAACUCAUCUCGAGGGUCUCGGACAAGCUGAAGCAGAUCCCUCAGUCCCUGGUAGAUGCCAAUAGCACCGACCCAGCCCUGGACUUGGCGGAGAACGCAUCCCUCUUGUCCCUGAGUGAGCUUGAUUCAGCCUUCACGCAGCUGCAGAGCCGCCUGCGAAAUGUCAGUCUGCAGCUGGGCGUGGAGCCAGAGGAGGAGGCCGAGCGGGAGGAGGAGCAGGAGAAGGAGGAGCAGCCACCGCCACCGGCUAAGGCCGGACCCCGGCGCCACGUGCUCCUCAUGGCCACCACCCGUACCGGCUCCUCGUUCGUGGGCGAGUUCUUCAACCAGCAGGGCAACAUCUUCUACCUCUUCGAGCCGCUGUGGCACAUCGAGCGCACGGUGUCCUUCGAGCCAGGAGGCUCCAAUGCAGCAGCCUCGGCCCUGGUCUACCGCGACGUGCUCAGGCAGCUCUUCCUGUGCGACCUGUAUGUCCUGGAGCCUUUCAUCAGCCCCCUGCCCGAGGCCCACCUGACCCAGUUCAUGUUCCGCCGGGGCUCCAGCCGCUCCCUCUGUGAGGAUCCCGUGUGCACGCCCUUCGUCAAGAAGGUCUUUGAGAAGUACCACUGCAAGAACCGCCGCUGCGGCCCCCUCAACGUGACGCUGGCUGCCGAGGCCUGCCGUCGCAAGGAGCACAUGGCCCUCAAGGCCGUCCGCAUCCGGCAGCUGGAGUUCCUGCAGCCGCUGGCGGAGGACCCCCGGCUGGACCUGCGCGUCAUCCAGCUGGUGCGUGACCCCCGGGCGGUGCUGGCAUCCCGCAUGGUGGCCUUCGCCGGCAAGUACGAGACCUGGAAGAAGUGGCUAGCGGAGGGACAGGACCAGCUGAGAGAAGAAGAGGUGCAGCGACUGAGGGGCAACUGUGAGAGCAUCCGCCUGUCUGCGGAGCUGGGCCUGCAGCAGCCAGCCUGGCUGCGGGGCCGCUACAUGUUGGUGCGCUACGAGGACGUCGCCCGCAGGCCCCUGCAGAAGGCCCGGGAGAUGUACCGCUUCGCAGGCAUCCCCCUGACCCCGCAGGUGGAGGACUGGAUCCAGAAGAACACCCAGGCGGCCCGGGAUGGCAGCGGUAUCUACUCCACGCAGAAGAACUCCUCAGAGCAGUUUGAGAAGUGGCGCUUCAGCAUGCCCUUCAAGCUGGCGCAGGUGGUGCAGGCCGCCUGCGGCCCCGCCAUGCACCUCUUUGGCUACAAAUUGGCACGGGAUGCCGCCUCGCUCACCAACCGCUCUGUCAGCCUGCUGGAGGAGCGUGGCACCUUCUGGGUCACGUAGGGAGACUGGGUCACGUGCACCCCUCCUCGUGAAAGUCCCGCCCUGCCUUCCUCACACCCAGGCCGGCGGUGCGGCCGCGGCACUCGCAGAGGAAGGCGGGAAACCGUGCAGUGAGCAGGCCGCCCCUCCGCUGUAGAAGUAGCCCCCAGCCACAUAGCUUCCCCACCGCAGCUGUGGGCUGGGGUUUCUUGCUGAGAACAGGACAGUGCCCUGUCCCUUUAAGAGCCAUCAAAACCAGACAUAGGGAGCAGCAGUUUCCUGAGCAGGCCCAGGCAUGUCCUGGCCUAGUGACAGCGCCCCUCCCCGUCUUUCUCUGUCUCUGUCUGUCUCUCUCUCUCACACACACACAUACACACGCACGCGCGCGCACACACACACACACACACACACACACACUUGAAACACACAUAAAUGCCUAUAGACCCUGUGGGACAGAGUCCAAAUAUUUAAAAAUCAGAAGGAUCUGUGGACAUUGACUAGUCACAGUUGCAUCUCCCACAGUGCUCCAGUGUUAACCUUUCAGUCUCCGGAUUUCUACACAAUCUACUAUGGAUUCUGGUUGGGUCCCUGGGGGAGGACUAGGACAGCCCAGGGCGUUAGAGGAUGGCAGUUGAGGCUUACCAACCAAGAACGAUAGAAUAGUUUCAUAAAUGGGAUAAUGUGCUGGUUGCUGAUGAAAUCGGCUCUUAUACAGAACUACAAAACACAGGUAUAAAGAUAAAUUCCUAUAUGCACACCACACACACUGAAAAACAUCAUAAACACACAAUUCCACACACACGCAUGUAAAUACACAGACAAGCUCCCCCAUUGCUUUAUGCCCACAGGGUUUAAGGGUUUACAGGUUUUCUCUUUAUCAUACACCUUAUGAGGAGUCUUUAAUUAUUUGGGGGCAGGGGAAGGAAACAGUCAUAGGCCACAACCCCGUUGCCCAACCAGGUUUAGGAUGAAUGGUGGACACAGAACUUCCAAGUCCUGCGCUUCUGCCUUGGAGUCACAUGACUACCUCCUCUGGCCCAUUUAUAUCCUCACUGCUGGCAGGCAGGAUGUUUUGAAAUGGCGUGGUCCACUCUCACGUGUCUGCAGCCCAAAGGCCCCAUCCCAGUUUGGCUGGUGUCCUAGAGCAUGUCUAUAUUUGAAGGCUGCCUGGGGCCUGAUGGGCAGAAGCAGCUGUGGUCCCUGAAGGCAAAAGGCAGCGCAUGGGUCCUGCGCUUGCAGCCAGGCCUCUGUGGGGCAGGUCCUGGAAGACAGUCCAGAGCGCUCCUUGGGGAGAAGUCACAUCAGGAUAGCCCCUCCCCUGAGAAGACAGGGGAACGAGGUCGGCCUCCUGGUUGGUCACUAUGGUUAUGUGGUUAGUGUCUGGAAUUCCUCCUUUAGGGCUCUGGGAAGAGUAUUGCUCAACUCAGGAUGGACUGGGUGUUUUAUUUUAUUUUAUUUUUUAUUUUUAUUAUUUUUUUUUAGGUUAUUUAUGGUUUGGUGUUUUGUGGCUGUGUUUUCGGUUUUGUUUCUGCAGGAGUGCAGCUUGGAAGCAAUCUGUGCUUGAGGGGCUGAGGGGGUUCUGGGAGGAGCAGCAGGGAGCGCUCUGCUGAAGGGAGAGGAGGAAAAGAAAGAGCCUUACUCCAGAAGGAUCAGAGCCUAGGUGGCCAUGUGGCAACCCACAUGCCCCACGGACUUUUCUGUUUGAACCCCAUGUGGAACAAAUCUCAGCAACCACCAACGUUCUUUGCUGCGUGUCCAGAAGCAGCAUAGAUUAGCAGCCCUUCCCUGAGAAGAGGCCGGAUUUGAACAUUUCUCCCAGGGCCAAUCACAUUUUCUGGGGGUUCAGGGGCCUAUAACCAAGCAGGAAAUUGUACCCAAAAUAGAAGUCUUUCCCCACUCCCAGCCCAACCCAGGGAGCAGAACUCAGUACCACCUUAGAACUUGCAGGGAGCUGUCACAGUUCACUAAGGCUGUUUCUGAUUUCCUGGACAACCUCUCUGUCAGAUCCGUCCCAUUGUCAAACCCAGAGGGCUGAGUUUUGGUUUGAGUAAUGUGGACACAAGGGAAAUAUGGGAUCUAAAUCCAGCUGGUGUUGCUGUGGGGAAGGAAGGGGUGUGCCCCGGCUGGAAACCACCUUUUGAUAAGGUGAGGAUGGUAGCCAUCUUGUGGGGUCUGUUACAAUCGCUGUAUUUGAGCUGCCGUGUCUCCAUCACCAUGGACUUCAGCCAUUCGAAGAGGUCUCCACUCUAGGUUUUUCAGUCCAAGAAUAAGUGAUGCAGGGAGCUGGCUCUAAUUUGGGGUCUAAAGGGACUCCAGCUCUGAAAACUUGACUCUGGGGGAGAGUGGGGCCAGGAUUUUUCUGGCAGGCCCAGAAGUGCUGGCAGUUUUUCCCCAGCCCCUGCCCUGCUCCCUGUACUAUUCCCCACGUGGGGAUGUGAGGGCACGCUCCCCUAUCCGGGGUGCUUCCUGGAGCCUUCUGAGUAUGGACAGCAGACUUCCGCCUUCCGUCCUAUGUCCAGGGCCAAGGCCUCCAUCCCUGAGCUCUGAGGACUGUACCAAGAAUGGACCUUUGGGACCUCUCAGGACAUUGACAAUUUGUAUAUUGCAAGUUGACUUAAUUUAUUUAUUUUAUGAAAAAGAAGAGACAGAAAAUACCUUAUUAUUUGCAGGGACUCAAAGCUGUACCCAAAACAAGAAAGACAAACAUAAUAAUAGAAACCAGUCACUCACUCCACACACAACAAGGACACUCCAAGAGGAUUCAGGAUACAAGAGGGAACUAAACCAAGAGCUCUGGAGUCGAGAUGGCCCCAAGCUAUUGUUUAAGGAACUUCCUUCUCUUCCUCUUGUCGGUUUGAAGAUGCAAAAGUAAGGCCUUUUCUUCUGUGUGACCUUUACCCACAUAUCUGAAGGGGGACCCAAGUUAAGUGAGUCUUGCCUCAGGGCUCAGCAGUACUGGGGUUUAGAGGACAGGGUGGGGGUGACUAAUGACUUUACACUCCGUGGGACCUGGUUGGAGUCAUGUCUUUGGGGUUUUCAGCAUGGAGCUGGGCUGGGAAAAAUGGUCCAGCUGGGAACUAAUGCCUCCUUUUCCAGCAAGGCCGGCCCUGGUUUCUCUGCUCCUGCUGAUGCGCCAGGAGCCUUCCCCUCCGCAGCACCCACCUGCCUCGAGACAGAGGGAGCAGUUAAUGCCUCAGCUCCACAGCUGCCAGCUUCCCCGGAACAAGAGGCCCAUUCAGCAAUGAGUGUUUACUCGUUUUCUUCUUCUUGAAGAAGACCUCUCUAGCCCAGCCUAUAUAAAUAGUUCAGAACAUUCCAAGCACUGGUGAGACAGGGCAGUGUCUAACACCCGCAGGCUCUUGCCACGACUGCCCAUUUCUGGAUUCUCCUGCACCUUGUUUGGAAACCUUGGAAUGGAUGAGGGCAUGGGGCAGCGGGGAGCGGGUCUUUGGGAGUCAUUGAUGGGGACAGGAUUCCUGAGUCCUCAUGGAGAGGGCAAAGGAAGAAGCAGAUGUGCAGCUCUGUCACAUGCCCCCUGCAGGUUAUCACUGAGUUAUUACUAAGGUUGAGAGACAGGAGCAAAUUCUAGCUUUUAUCCCUUUAUGUGAUGCACACACUUGAAAAUAAAUAACUAAAUGAAUAGAAAAAAAUGCUUAAUGAAGAGUUUACUCUACGUCUGCCAGCACCCUCAGCCAGAAACUGGUUUAAUGGGGCAGCUGCUAACCAAACCCCCAAGAGCAGAGGGCACUCAUUCAGUCCAUUACAGUGGCAUCUUUCCCUGCCAUCUGUCUGAUGAUGAAGUGAGUUCCAGCAGAAGAUCAAGGGAUUCCUGUCCCAAAAGAUGGAUGCUUGACCUGGACAGCAGACAGGAGAUUAAAGCAUCGGAUGGUCUGGUUCUGCCCCUGAAGGUCUCUUGCAUCCCUGGCUGAUCCUCAACCACAAUGGGGUCUGUUUUAAUUGACUAUAGGGCCUAUCCCUUGACAGGCCUUGGAUUAUGAAGAGCAAGAGCAGAAGACUGGGUGGCUGCGUCCCCAAGGCAGUCACCUCUCACUCCCAUCCCCAAAGGCUAAAAGCAAAGGCAGGUCUCAGAGGGAUGGGUUCUCAGCAGGGAGAACUAGGGGGACAGAAAGGAUGGGUGGGGGAAUAGGUGCCUGCAGAGAACAAGUGGCUCUUGCCAAUCUGUACAAACUGAAAGAAGGAGCAUCCACUAAAAUCCAGAGGCCCCAGGUUGCUGGGUUUGCUUGUGAAGAUUCCCAGGACAUGUCCAACUAGGCGGGAGGGAGAAGACCUGAAUACAGCCACAUUGCUUCUCAACUACCCACGGUUUCAGGAACAGUGGAAGCUGCUCUUUACCUCAAAAAGACAAAGCAGAAUUGGCAACUUCAGAUGUCUCAAGAGCUUCAAGAUCCUUUGGUCUUGUGUCCUUUGUCAUUUCAUGACUGUGCCUGGGGAAUGAAUAAGUUAUGCAUUUCCAAAAAUACAGACAUGGUGCCAACCUCAUUGGCCUAGCUCAUAUUAUAGAUCAGGUGUUUUAUUUGGGAAACAAAAUGACUCACGUAUCCUGCUUUCUCUAACACUGGGCUUGACCUGGCAACCCCUGAAGUCUCCAUCUCAUCAGUAUGUCCUAGGCCAAGUCUGCCUGGCUUCCCUGUUCCCUCCUGGAUCCUGAAAACUCUGUCUUUUUGCCAAGACCUUGGCCCUGUGUCAUGUUUCAUGGCCACACAGUACAGGACACUUUCUUCAUGGCCAUGGUGUAUACAUAUGUGUCCACACGUAUGUAUGUGUAGCAUGCAGCUCAUUCUGCUCAGCCACAUUGCUCCCAGCCCCCUUGCCAUCAAUGUCUCAGAUGUCCUUGCCAUGGUUACAAUCUGCCGUCUCCUGGAAACGCAGGGGCUGCCCUUCAGAGAGCUGGCGGCCACCCCUGGUCAGGGUCUGCUUUGCGGAACAGAAUGUGAAUCCAUCACUUGAUGGCUUACUUGACUUAUUUAAUUAAAGAUGGAAACAUGCA